AUGGCAGCUAACGGCAAGAUCGUCUCGGAGAUGGUCUCCUGGAUCAAGAGCCAGAAACUGGUUGCUCCCCGCAUGAAAGAUGCCCCCACAUUCUACCGAAAUCUCGAGGAGGCUCUAGAUGUUCGACGGUCGACCCAGUCUCUGAUGAGCCGCGGACAAAGCACAUGGAAAACAGGAGACGCGAUAGACUUCUGCUCCAACGAUCUUCUCUCUCUCGGGCUCACAGGAGAACUGCGACGGGAGUUUCUGGCCGAGUUGGCAAGACAUCCCGAUUUCUCGCUGCAUUCCGGGGGUUCUCGCGUGAUGGGCGGCAACUAUGACUAUAUCGAGGAGGUGGAGCAGGAGAUCGCCGACUUCCUCGGGGCAGAGACGGCUCUCAUGUUCAACUCGGGCUCCAACGGAAAUAUUGCCAUCUACACGUCUAUCCCACGGCCGGGAGACGCCAUUGUGUACGAUGAGCUGGUUCACUUCAGCACGCACACAGGCAUGGCCGCCUCGUUGGCCACGACCAAGGUCGCCUUCCGGCACAAUGACCUCGACGCCUUUCGAGAGGCCAUGUCCUCCACCAUGGACUCGCAGCCCAUGCUUCAGGACGGUUCACGCUCGAUCCUCGUGUCUGUAGAGUCGGUGUACAGCAUGGAUGGAGACAUUUGCCCUCUGGUGGAGAUGCUCGAGAUUGCUCGAGAGAUCUGUCCCAAGGGGAACUUUGCCUUCAUUGCGGACGAAGCUCACGCCACUGGAAUCGUGGGUCCUAGAGGUGUCGGUCUCGUCAAGCUGCUGGGUCUGGAAAAUGAGGUUGCAAUCCGACUGAAUACCUGCGGCAAGGCCUUGGCCUGCACUGGAUCUGUGGUUCUUGGAAACGCCACGGUCCGGAACAUGAUGUUGAACUAUGCUGGGUCCCUGGUGAAUACCACAGCCCCAUCCUUCCCGUCGGUUGCCGUCAUUCGCGCAGCCUAUGACCUGAUGAGAACUGGUGCCACGCAAAAGGCUCAGGAUAACAUACAACAUCUCGUCAAAUACUUCUUCAAAUCCAUCACCUCUAGCGACAUCUGGGACAAAGCCACCGAUAUGGGUAUCUUGUCUAUUCCCGUAGCCGAGGACUAUGAGUCGCUGGACUUUGUGACGCACAUUGUACCAAUCUGGACCCGGCAAAAGUACAACUGGUGGCUCUUCUUUCACCUGCAACUGGCGAAAAUCGCAGUCGUUCCCAUUGACUAUCCCCAGGUUCCCAAAGGCAAGUCUCGCGUCAGGGUCAUGAUCCAUGCCGGAAAUACGGAGAAAGAGGUGGAUUAUUUGGUAGCCACGCUUUGCGACUUUGCGAAUGAGAUGAUCGAUAUCGAGGAGGGUGGCGAAAAGGGCAAGGUACCAAAAGCCGCGCAGGAGAUUUACGCGCUGAUGGCGGCGAAUGCAUGA